AGCUCCACCCUAUCUGAAGGAGGAGGAAGGCGGAAGAGACGCGUUCAGGUGGAUGUGGGUCACAACUGGAGCUUCAGUCUUUAUUCAGGAACAUUGUUCUCCGUGCCGCUGCUCAGCCAUGUUGUUUCUCCGGACCGCGGCUCUCUGCUGCAGAGCUGUGACCGCUCUGCGCUGCCUGCCCUCCGGCUACACUGCGUCCAGAACCACCGCUUCAUACAUCCAGGGCCAGAGCCCAGAGCCACGGAUCAGGGAGUACUUCUACUACAUCGACCACCAGGGACAGCUUUUCCUCGAUGACACUAAAGUGAAGAACUUUGUCACCUGCUUCAAAGAUAAAAAGUUCCUGGUAUUCUUCUUCAGUCGGCUGCGUUCCAAUGAGAGCGGUCGUUACCAGGAGGACUUUCCCUUCCUCCUUUGCGGCAGGGAGAGGAACUUCUUGCGCUGUGACGACCGUCCCGUGGUUUUCACACACCUCCUGCAGAGUCCCGACCAGGAGCUGCUCUCGUACUGCGGCGGGGCGGAGAAGCUGACCGCGCCGUUCCGCCCUGAAGCUCUUUACAUGCAUCCUGCGAGCGGACGACUUUACCACCCCUGUUUGGAGCGUGGAGGGGGCGUCGGUCUGGUCAGGUCGGCGCUGGCCAUUGAGCUCAGCCCGUUUUUCGUUUAUGACUCAGAGCAGGGCCAAUCAGAACAGCCCACUCACUUCCUGUGGGGAGGACAGAAGCACGAGCUGAGCAAUGAGCUCGCAGCAAGUCUCCCCACUGCAGAUGGAGAACAAGGAGAGCUGGGAUAAUGACAGACCUGCUCUGAGGUGAAUUUAGAACUGAGGAAAAGAUGAAGACUCAACAGUGACAUCAUGAUUGUUGCUGUUUAAAGCCUGUCCCAAAGGUCCAGGGUGUUCAGUUUCACUGGCUACUGUAGAUGUUUCCAGUCUUCUUUAAGACACUUUAAACAACAAAGCAACGUCUACAUGUGAUCCUCAUCAUUUCUCUUUAGAUUCUCAUUUCAAUUUUGGUCUUAGAGAGGUCGGGAGAAGAAAGCAAAGUUAAGGACACAAGUCUCAAAGAUAAACAUGCUGUAGAUGGGUUUCUUUUCUUUCCAGUGAAUCAGAUCUAUACCUUUUUCUAUUUAUCAGCAUGACUUUAAUGUUGGCGAGCUUGCAUGUGUUCAGACUCUGAGGCGCUGUGUGUUCAUGUUUAAGAUCACAUCAAGUCACAUGCAUGCUGAAUCUUAACAUCCUCAUCCUGAACAUAUGAAGGUAACGAUGGCAGCUUUAGCAGAAAAAAGCAGAGAGUGAUAAGUUGGCACGUUGAGUCAUACAAACUUAACAUAUAAAUACUGAUAUAUUUUUAAAUCAUGUCUCUUUUUGCUCAUUUUUUGAGUUGUGCUACUUGAAUGCUUAAUGGACUUGAGUGCUUUUACACCACAGGUCACACCAACACAUCCACACACUGAUGGUAGAGGCUGCUGGGUAAAGUGACCAUCAGAAGUAACUCAUCCAUUCACACGCCACUGAUGAAGCAACGGGAGGAACUUGGGGUUAAGUGUCUUGCCAAAGGAUACAUCGGACAUGUAGCUGCAGGAACUGGGGAUCGAACCCCCCACCUUCCAGUUAAGAGACGACCGACUCUACUACUGAGCCACAGCCUUCCUGUAGCCACCGUGAUGUUACCAAUUGUUUUUUUGAACCUACCUUCUCAACCCCUGAGUUCUGCAUCCUUUUUUUUUUUUGGAAGAGGAAGCGACCAUAUGUUGAUGACAGGGUGGACACGCUUUGAAGACCCACUGAGCCACAGCCGCCCCUAUCAUAACUAAAUAUGGAGAAUAUGUACACUUGGUGUGCUCACAUUGGAACUACACAUUUAAAUAAGUUAGUAUUUAAUGUUCAUGGAAUAAUAUUUAGAGAAAACAUAUUUGAACUUAACAACACAAGAAGAGUUUCUUUGCAGUUUAAAUGUGUUUUAUUAAAACAAAACAAACUCAUGAGAAAUAUCUGAGAAGCUACGACUUAUUGUUCACAGUGAGAUCCUCGUUGAAUAAAACAACAUUGUAAAUGAUGAUCUUUCUCUUCUGUUUGUGCUGGAUUUUUGGACAAGAAAUGGUUAAACUUGACCUCCUGCAGAUGUUACCCAUGUCCAUGUCAUGUGCUGAUAUGAAAAUAAAAAGUGCAUUUAAUAUUUC